AUGAAGCGUACGGCCAUGCUGGCAGGUACACGCGCAGAUCCUCUUCCUCUUCCCCGGCCGCGCCGUGUGCGGAUGCCACCACCGGUCCCACUGGCGCCUGCGCCGAGCAUCAGGACAGAGAGCACAUGGAUGGCGAUGACGCUUGGGGCGCGGGCAGGCCCGGGGAAGAAGCGCCUGCUACAGGCCACCCUCAUCCUCAUCUCCGCCGCUAACCAUGCGGUUCCCCCAAGGUCUGCCUCGCCGCCGUCCUCGACUACCUCGCCACCUCAGGUUUAG